UCUUUGCACCAUCAAUCACCAUUGUUGAUCGAUCGCCUCUGAAAUCAAUACAUCUUGCAAGCUGUUAGCAAAAGCCUACAAGCUAGUCAAGUCAAGUGAAAUAGCUAGCAUGACUGGCGUGUGGGUAUUCGAGGACGGGAUCGUGAGGCGGGCGGACAGCGAGGCGCCCGGCCGCAGCGGCGGGAGCGGGGCGCGGCCGGGCAAAGUGCUGGUGCAUGUGCCGAGCGGCGAGGUGGUGACCACGUACGGCGUCCUGGAGCGGCGGCUGCAGGAGCUGGGGUGGGAGCGCUACCUCAACGACCCGUGCCUGCUCCAGUUCCACCAGCGCUCGACCGUGCACCUCAUCUCCGUCCCGCGAGACUUCGCCCGCCUCAAGCUCGUCCACAUGUACGACGUCGUCGUCAAGACGCGCAACGUGUUCGAGGUCCGCGACGCGUGAGCUUCCAAGCUUGCCUGUCUGCCCUGGGUAAGAUAUAGACACCACGAGGUAGUCUUCGUCUACCUCGCAGGACGGCCGGCCGUCAUAUAUAUUACCACCGUACGUAUGUAUUGUAUAUGUGUGCGAUCAAAAUACCACG